UGAGGAGAAAAACAUAUUUGGACAAAUGGGGAUAGAAGUACUUAAAUUUUAAACUGUGAACUACUUUUGAUGGAGCCUGCCUGCGUCUUUGUAUGUUUUCCAGUCAGCUGCAUAAAUAUUUAAGAUGUCUCCUUGUCUGGGAUGCUGGGAUAAAUCCUGGUUUCCAGUCUGUGACAGGGGUACUAAUGCCAGAGUGGCGGAGGUUUCAUAAUUCCUCUAAAUAGGUCUAAUAGUGAUUCACUGAAAGAGCUUGUCCUGGGUGGGUCACAGCAUGCAAGAUCAAGCCAGUGAUAAGCAUACAUGUAAUGGGGGCUUUUUGAGAGAUCAGGUGACAAUGCACAGCAAAGUCAACAGGCUGGCGUUAUAUUUUCAUGAGAAAUCUUUGAAAGGCUUUUCUUUCCUGGCAGCCGGGACCCAAGAGCCAAAGAGGACAGCUGAAUUCCCGUAAACAGGGUGGGAGAGAGAGAGAAAAGGGGGAGAGAGGGAGGCGAGGCACAGGAGGAGGAGGGAAAGAAGGGAGUGGGCGUUCAGACCACGUGGCCGCUUCACACACCGGAAGUAACCUUCCAAGAUGUCUGCGCCCGAUGAGCACGCGCUGAACCGCGGAGACGAGGGCGAGAUGGAGGAAGCGGAGGAAGCGGGCAGGGAGGAGGAGGAGGAGGAUGAAGGGGUAGAAAUGGAAGAGGAAGGAGAGGCGGAGAAGAUGGUGUACGUCCCCGGGAUCGAGCCGUUUCGGCCCGGAGAGAAACUGGAGAUGGACCGCUCCGCGUACCGCAUGUACCACGAGUGUCAAACAGGUGCUCCCUGUCUGAGCUUCGACGUGGUGAAGGAUGGAGACGGAGACGGGAGGCAGCAGUUCCCCCUGUCCAUGCUGCUGUGUGCGGGUACGCAGGCUGAAACAGCUCUGAAAAACAGACUGCUUGUGAUGCGCAUGCACAACCUUCAUGGAACGGAGAAGGACAACGAAGAGGAGGAAAGCAGUGAUGAGGAAAGCGAUGAAGACGAGGAGGAAGAGGAUAAGAAACCGCAGCUGGAGCUGGCCAUGAUGCCUCACUAUGGAGGGAUCAACAGAGUUAGAGUGACCUGUUGUGGGGAGCUCUCACUGGCUGCUGUGUGGUCGGACAAGGGACAGGUGGAGGUAUUCGACAUUCGACCUCAGCUGCAUGCUGUCCACAGUUCUGCUGCCAUGGCGACAUUCGUCCAGCAGCAGAAGGAAGCUACUGCGCUGUUCAGUUUUUCAGGACACAUGAGUGAAGGCUUCGCCAUUGAUUGGUCCCCUAAAGUCCCCGGUCGUCUCGUCAGCGGCGACUGCAGGAAGAACAUCCACGUGUGGGAGCCACGUGAGGGUGGGACCUCGUGGCAGAUAGACCAGAGACCUUUCAGCUCCCACAGCAAGUCUGUGGAGGAUCUGCAGUGGUCGCCCACGGAAGCCACAGUUUUUGCAUCUUGCUCUGUUGAUCAGUCCAUCCGUAUCUGGGAUAUCCGCUCCCCGCCCAGCUCGAUGCUCUCUGCCGAUGAAGCUCAUUCGUCAGACGUCAAUGUAAUCAGCUGGAACAAGAGCGAGCCGUUCCUGCUUUCAGGAGGGGACGAUGGACUCCUUAAGGUUUGGGACCUGCGACAGUUUAAGACGGGUCGUCCAGUGGCCAACUUCAAGCAGCACUGCGGCCCCAUCACAUCCGUGGAGUGGAGCCCCAUGGACUCCAGCGUGUUCGCUGCCUCCGGGGCGGACGACGUCAUCAGCCAGUGGGAUCUGUCCGUGGAGUCGUGCGACGUGGGUGCGAGGGUGGAGGGGGUGAAGGACCUGCCCCCUCAGCUGCUCUUCCUGCACCAGGGUCAGUCGGAGAUCAAAGAGAUCCACUGGCACCCACAGAUGCCAGGCGUGAUGAUCUCCACAGCUCUGUCAGGGUUUAAUGUGUUCAGGACUAUAUCUGUGUAGUGUUUGUGUGUGUAUGUGUGUGUGUGUGUGUGUGUGUUUUGCAUUUCAUCAUAAACAUGUAUGUGAACGUGUAAUGAGAGGUGAGGAGCUUGUAAUAAUGUACAUAACCUGCCUUUGUAAGCAAUAACUCUUCUUUCUGACAUUUAUUGGUAGAGAAAGGCGUGACAUACAUUUUCUGUAUGUUUUACAGAGGUGCAAACUAUUUUAGGCAUUUCCUGCUACAUGCUUAAAAUAAACUAUUUAAAUUCUGA